AUGAUUAUAAAAUCAUCUUUCCUACUCUUUGAUAUUACACGUUCGUUUUUACGCAUCUCUGUCGAGCAAAACCAAUGGCAACGAGUUGGUGCUGGAAGAGAACAGCGUAUACAACUAGACUUUAGUUAUGGCAACGUGAAUGAAACUGAAGAUAAUCAAGCAAUUCAAAAAACACUUCGAGAAAUUAUCAAUCAUUUCAAAGCAUUCGCUGAUCUGGACAAAUGUCGUCGUUAUAUUUUAUCAUUAUCUCCCCAGGAUCGCGCAAUCCUUAUCGUUAGUGGGCGAUUCGGUCGAGAAUUGGUGCCUCAGAUUCAUUCAUAUCCGCAAGUUCUGGCGAUCUAUGUUUACUGUUUCGAUAAAGAAGCGAAUGAAAAGUGGUCAAAGCAAUUUCCUAAGAUUAAAAAUGUAGUUGUUCAACCGAAAGAUCUGAUUGCUGAAAUUGGAGCAUAUGGUAAACCUCCUCCGGCGGAACACAUCGAGCCACUUCUCUUCUCUGUGUCAGCAGAGGAAAACGGUUCUGAACAAUCGACAACUGAUCUGAAUGGUCAUUUCGUUCAUUCUCUUCUUUUAAUCGAUGUUCUUAUUCGAAUGAAAUCAAUCGAAACGGACAAACAGGAGUUAAUCAAACGAUGCCGACAGCAGUACGAGGACGAUGGAAUUGAAUUAGACAACAUUAGGCGAUUCGAACGUAAAUACGUUCCAACCGAUGCAUUAACAUGGUACACUGAAGAGUCAUUUCUCUAUAAGAUGUUAAACAAAGCAUUACGCACUCAAGAUAUCGAUUUACUGUUUCUAUUUCGUUUCGCUAUCGGUGAUAUUUAUCGACAACUGAAAAGCCAUCAAUGCCAAUCGCCUGUUCAUGUUUAUCGUGGUCAACUCAUGUCGAAGACAGAACUGGAAACUCUUAAAAAAUCAGCUAAUCAAUUAAUUUCUAUUAAUUCAUUUUUUUCGUGCAGCACGAAACCAGAAAAAGCACGGGAGUUUCUGGAGAGAAAACCUAUUUCCGGCGAUACACAACGCGUAUUCUUUGAGAUUUAUGCUAAUCCCAGAGUAGCAACAUCGAAGCCGUUUGCUGAUAUAAGUCAAAUGAGUGUUAUCAAAGAUGAAGAAGAAAUUUUAUUCAUGAUGGGAAGUGUGUUUCGUUUGAGUAGUAUUUUUCCAGACAAAAGCAAUUCAUCCACGUGGGUAAUUCGAGCGGAACUUUGUGGGGACGAAAAUCAUGAUUUAAAGAAACUUUUUGAAUAUAUGAAAGAAAAAUACGGCGGCGGAAAUGACGAAGACGUUAGCCUUCGUUCAUUCGGCGAAGUUCUUCGUAAAAUGGGCAAGUUUGAUUUAGCGGAAAAGAUGUUCCAUCGUUUAUUAAAAGAAACUCCGAAUGGAGAUCCUCAAUUGUUUUCUCUGUAUUAUUCGUUAGGUCAAGUCGCGUACGAAAAAGCCGAAUACGACCCAAGUCUUGAAUGGUUCAAGAAAUCAUUAAGCAUCAUAAUGGAUCUGGAUUCAUCAGAUUAUGUUAAUAUCGCUGCAGUUUAUGGAUGGAUUGGAAAUGCUUAUUUGGGGAAGGACGAUCUUGAUACGGCAGAAAAUUUCUACUACAAGGCGAUUAAACUCUUCCAACAAGCUCACCAAGAAGAUCAUGAGGAUCUUGCCUAUCUGUAUAACAGUAUUGCUCUUAUUUACAAUCAAAAGAAACAAUACCCGGAAGCGUUGGACUAUUACAAAAAGUCGUUACACAUCAGAGAAAAACAUUUACCCGCUAACCAUCCCGAAAUAGCUGUUUCUCAUAAUAAUAUUGGAUGUGUUUAUCUUUCUCUUGAAAAAUAUGACUCCGCUUUGAAACAUCAUACACAGGCGUUAGAGAUUCGCACGAAAUCACUUCCACCGAAACAUCCAGAUAUUGCGCAAAGUUUUGCGAACCUUGGUCAAGUAAAUGAAGCAAAACGAGAAUGGCAAACAGCGUUGGUACACUAUCAAAAAGCAGCAUCGAUCUAUCAAUCAACAUUACCACCGCAGCAUCCAACUGUAUCACAAAUCAAGAGCGAUUUGGAACGCAUAUCAUCCAAAAUGAAGAAAUAG